UGUUCGAAGCAGGAAGUCCUCACACCGAAGAAACGGGAGACGCUAAACUAUGAGCAGGAUAUCAUAUUAAUCUUUUUUUUUUCACCGAUAUUAAGAGCUUAUGAGAUGGAAAACAUGGUGACAGGCAGCAGAGAUGAACCACAAACAGACUUUAUCUUCUGUUGUGGAGCCAACACAGAGGUCCUUAAAUUUGGCUCCUGUCAGUUACAUUCUGGACACAAAAUUCUUUUUCUUAUCAUUCCAGGUAAUCCUGGUGUAGUGGGGUUUUACAAAACCUUCAUGCAAACACUGCACAGUAUGUUUGGCUACCACCACCCAGUGUGGGCUGUAAGCCAUGCUGGCCACUGUGUACCUCCAGACUCCAUGGACAUGGUACAAGAUGCAUCCUCGGCAGCAGAGGCAGAUGUGUUUGGUCUGAACGGUCAGAUUGAACACAAGUUAGCAUUCCUCAGGAAACAUGUUCCCAAAGAAACCAACCUGAUCCUGGUUGGACACUCCAUCGGCUGCUACAUCAUUCUAGAGAUGAUUAAGAGAGACCCUGAACUCAAGAUUCUGAAGGCUGUCAUGCUGUUUCCUACCAUUGAGCGCAUGGCUCAGACCCCUCAGGGGAAGGUUAUGACCCCUGUGCUGUGUCACAUGCGUUAUGUGGCCUACCUGCCUCUCUUCCUGCUCUCUCUGCUGCCUGACAGAUUCAAAAGCAGCCUGAUCAAACUGGUGUUUGGUGGCAUUCACUCUUUGGACCUCACAGUCGUUCAGCCUACUGUAGGUCUGCUAACUGGAGACUGUGCAGCUAAUGCUAUGUACAUGGGUGGUCAAGAAAUGAAGAAUGUUCUGGAAAGAGACAACAUAACCAUCAAGAAUAAUCUUGAAAAGCUCAUAUUUUACUAUGGAACUACAGAUCAUUGGUGUCCUGUGCAGUAUUAUCUUGACAUCAAGCAGGACUUCCCACAUGGAGACAUCAGACUGUGUGAGAAUGGGUUCCGGCACGCCUUUGUCCUGGAUGCAGGAGGAGAAGUCGCCAAAAUGGUGGUAGAAUGGAUCCAUGGAGACUUGAAGACAUGAGUUCUUUAAUUUUUUCAUGUACUGAUGACCAUGAUGCUCUGCAGUGUCCAGACCUGCAGCAGUGUUCAGUGGCAAAGAUGGAUUUUUGUAUUAGCAGAGAUCAUGGAACUGAAUUUAAAUAGGACAGACUGUAUAUCAAAUAUUAAUUUUAAUAUAUAUUGUAUAAUGAUGUGAUUUGCCUUGCAAUUG